AUUGUUGGUAAAAAUCAGACUUUGGAAAAGAAAUACCUACGAUUGACUUCUCAGCCUAAACCAGAAACUGUCCGACCAUUGAAAGUGUUACACAAAACUUUGCAGCUACUUUUUGACAGGUAUUGUGAAGGGGCAAAAUACAACUAUUUAUGUGACCAAUGCAAAUCGAUGAGACAAGAUUUGACCGUUCAAAAUAUAAAGGAAGACUUUUCGAUUAUGGCUUAUGAAUUUCACUCCAAGUUGGCAAUUGAGAAUGGAGAUUGGGGAGAGUUCAACCAAUGUCAGUCACAACUCAAGCUCUUGUAUAGCAUAACCGAAUUGCAUAAGCCUAACUACUUCGAGUUUCUUGCUUACAGAGUCUUAUACUACAUACUUACCUACAAUUAUAGUGAGGUAUUUGAACUAGAGUUAUCAUUGAUCAAUGAAAGACAUCCGGAUCUAAAGAAUGAAUACUUGGAUUAUGCCCUGCAAAUUUUCAAGUGUGUAUAUGAUUCCAACUACUAUGAACUA